CCCCGUCCACUCGACGUCGGGCCUCACCCACGCCGACAAGGUCGCCCUCCUCGGCGUCCUCCCCGCCGCGCAGCGCAUCGAGAGAGGCCUCGAGGUCCUCGGCCGCGCCGACGAGGCGCUCAAGCUCGCCGGCCGCAUCGAGGGCCGCGUCGAGGAGGGCCAGAAGCGCCGACAGCGCGAGUGGGCCCUGCUCCAGCAGCUCAUGGCCAUCCGCCAGGAGCUCGAGCAGCUCGCCAAGGAGGAGGGCCGGCCCUCGCCCCUCUCGAUCAUCGGCUCGGGCGCCGCCGGCGGCAAAGGGCCCGCCGCCGCAGGGCGCAAAGCGCUCGGUGCGCCGGCUCCGGCCGGCGAUGCAGACGAGGACGAGGACGACCUUGCCGAGCUCGAGCGCCGCGUCGCCGCCAAGAGCUUCUCGCCCGAGGCCAAACGGGUCGCAGAACGCGAGCUCAAGCGUCUCAAGAAGACGCCGCCGCAGGGCGCAGAGCACGGCGUCAUCCGCAACUACAUCGACACGCUCCUGUCGGUACCCUGGACGUCGACCGAGGCGACGCCGCUCGAGUUGUCGAGCUCGUUCGUCGCCGACGCGCGCAAGAAACUCGACGACGACCACUUUGGCCUCGACAAGAUCAAGAAGCGCCUCAUCGAGUGGCUCGCCGUCCUGCGCCUUCAGCGCGAGCAGCACGCGUCGAACAUCGACCCGUCGCCCACCUCGCCGAGCGAGACCUCUAUCGCACCUUUCGACCCGACCGCCGCCGCCGACUCGACACCCGCACCGGCGUCGCCAAGUGCGAGCGCGCCCACCGCUUCGCCGUACCGAGCGCCGAUCCUCCUCCUUCACGGUCCGCCUGGCACGGGCAAGACGAGCAUCGCGCGCUCGCUAGCCGAGGCCAUGGGCCGCAAGUUCGUCCGCAUCUCGCUCGGCGGCGUCCGGGACGAGGCCGAGAUCCGGGGUCAUCGCCGCACGUACGUCGGCGCCAUGCCGGGCAAGAUCGUCGCCGCGUUGCGCAAGGCGGGCGUCAGCAACCCGGUCGUGCUCCUCGACGAGGUCGACAAGAUUGGGCACGCGAGCCACCACGGCGACCCGAACGCGGCCCUUCUCGAGGUGCUCGAUCCGGAGCAAAACAACUCGUUCGAGGACCACUAUCUCGGCGUACCGCUCGACCUGUCGCAGGUCCUCUUCAUCGCGACGGCAAACUCGCUCGACACGAUCCCGGAGCCGCUCUACGACCGCAUGGAGGCCAUCGAGCUCAGUGGCUACGUUCACGCCGAGAAGCUCCACAUCGCCCGCCAGUCGCUUCUCCCCAAGCAGCUGCGCGCUAACGCGCUCGAGUCGUCGCAACUCUCGAUGUCGGACGCCGUCCUCUUGCGCCUCGUGACGGCAUACACGCGCGAGGCCGGCGUUCGCUCGCUCGAGCGCGCGGUCGGGUCCGUCUGCCGGGCAAAGGCGGUCGAGCUCGCCGAGUCGGACGGCGGCGAGGGCGACAGCGCCCGCAAGACGGGCUACGUCGCCGAGGUGACCGAGGACGAUCUCGAGCGCAUCCUCGGGCCGCCGAGGUGGGAGGACGACGAGGACGACGGCGCGAGGGUCGGCGUCGCGACCGGGCUCGCGUACCAGGGCAGCGGGAACGGCGGCAUCUUGCACAUCGAGACGACGCACACGCCGGGCACGGGCACCUUCUCGCUCACGGGCCAGCUCGGGAGCGUCAUUUCCGAGUCGGCGCACGUCGCUCUCGCGUGGGUCAAGGCGCACGCGUACGAGCUCGGCAUCGCCGCCGACCGCGACUCGAACGCGUUCGCCAAGCUCGACCUGCACCUGCACCUGCCCGCCGGUUCGAUCAAGAAGGACGGACCGAGUGCCGGCGUCGCGCUCGUCGUCGCCAUCGUGUCCCUCAUGCGCGGCAUUCCGCCUCGGGCGCACACGGCCAUGACGGGCGAGGUGACGCUCCGAGGACUCGUCACGCCGGUCGGCGGCAUCAAGGAGAAGAUUCUCGCCGCCCAUCGCGCCGGGAUCACUCGCGCCAUCCUGCCCCUGCCCAACAAGCGCGACGUCGACGCCGAUCUCCCCGCCCAGGUGCGCGCCGAGGUCGAAUUCAUCUACGUGCGCACCGUCGACGAGGCGCUCGACGCGGCGUUCGAGGGCGGCCUUGGGUCGCUCGCGAGGACAAAGGGUGACGAGGCGGGCGGGUGGGAGGUGCAGAGCCACUUGUAGAGAAGCGCGAGCGAGUUUUUCGAGUCCGAAACCCUGUCGCCGUUCCCUCUGUCACUC